GUCCCGGCUCCCCAGGGCUGUCCAACCCGGGCCGGGUCUGUGGCUGCCGCUGCCUUGGGCGCCGCUGCCCUCUCUGGAACCGAGCACUGUCAUGCUCCCGUCGCAGGGCGGGCGGCUGCGUCCCAGAGCCGCUAUAUAAGCGCGGGCAAGGGGGCACCCGGAGGGGCUGAAGAUGAAGGUGCCCGCGCAUGGGCCGCCGCUGAUUGCCAGCCCCUCCCGAGCUCGCUCCCGGCGCGGAGCCCGAGGCCGCCGAGGACCCGCCUUCGCCGCAGUAGCAGCUGGAGCAGCGACAGAGGCGGCAGCUGCGGCGGCGGCGGCGGCGCCCCUCGCGCCAGCGCGUAGAGCGGCGGCGGCAACUCUGGGGCCGCCGCUGCCCCUGCUGCCAUGAGUUGUGCGGAGGUGAUGUAUCACCCCCAGCCGUAUGGAGCGCCUCAGUAUCUGCCCAACCCUGUGGCAGCUGCAACCUGCCCCACAGCCUGCUAUCAGUCGGCGCCCCAACCUGGCCAGCAGAAGUUAGCGGUAUACAGCAAGAUGCAGGACUCUCUGGAAGUCACCCUUCCCAGCAAACAAGAGGAGGAGGAGGAGGAUGAGGAGGAGGAGGAGGAGGAGGAGAAAGACCAGCCUGCCGAGAUGGAGUACCUUAACUCUCGCUGUGUCCUUUUCACUUAUUUCCAGGGAGACAUUGGGUCAGUAGUGGAUGAACACUUCUCAAGAGCUUUGGGCCAAGCCAGCACCUUCCAUCCAGAAUCUGCCAUUUCAAAAAGCAAGAUGGGGCUAACCCCCCUAUGGCGAGACAGCUCAGCUCUCUCAAGCCAGCGGAGUAGUUUUCCAACUUCCUUUUGGACCAGCUCUUACCAGCCCCCACCUGCACCCUGUUUGGGGGGAGUUCAUCCUGACUUCCAGGUCACUGCACCCCCUGGCACCUUUACUGCUGCCGAGCCCAGCCCAUGGCCUGGACAUGGCCUGCAUCAGACUGGCCCAGCCCCUCCCCCGCCCGUGUCUGAGUCCUGGCACUAUCCUUUGGCAUCUCAGGUGAGCCCAUCUUACAGCCACAUGCAUGAUGUGUACAUGCGGCACCAUCACCCCCAUGCCCACAUGCACCACCGUCACCACCACCACCAUCACCACCACCACCCUGCUGCUGGCUCUGCCCUGGAUCCAUCAUAUGGGCCCCUGCUGAUGCCGUCAGUGCGAGCAGCCAGGAUUCCUGCUCCCCAGUGUGACAUCACAAAGACAGAUCCGACUACAGUCACCACUGCUACCUCAGCGUGGGCCGGAGCCUUUCAUGGAACAGUGGACAUAGUGCCAAGUGUGGGGUUUGAUACAGGUCUGCAGCAUCAAGACAAGAGCAAGGAAUCACCCUGGUACUGAAGCAUUCAGCGUUAGCAAGGCAGGCUGCAGCCUGAAUCCAAGGGCCCACUGGAGAAAGAUGCCAUUGGAAUUUUCCAUUCUGCAAUGGAACACAAGAAAUGUGGAAGAAGCAGCAGAAGUGGCAGGCAUUUGACUUUGGUUUUGAACCUUUUCUGGAGAAAGCAGAGUGGGUCCUAGUCAUUGAAGAAAAGCAGUUUUAAUUUUUCCCUCAUCUGAGCCUUUGUCAACUGUGCAACUCUUCCUUACUUUCUUGCUUUUACCAGUACAUGGGAUAGUUUUUGUGUCAUUUUAUUUUUUCUUUUUGAACUGGCCACCUUGUCAGGAAAAGAAGAACCACAAAGGAAAAUGUUAAUUCUUUCAGGAAUACAAUUUUGUAGUUCUGCGUGCAUCUAUUUUUGUAGAAAUAUAGAAAGUUUGGUUUAGCAAUGAUGGGCUAUUUUGGGGGAAUGUAUUUUUUUUUUUAAUAUUGUAAAAAUUGUUGAGUUCUGUUUAAAGAACUUGCUCUCAGAGAAGCACUGGCAAAAACGUUUAAAUGCUUAUCUUUCAAAUGUGUGUGAUAUGCUCCUGUCUGUGCUUUCUAGGUUACCUCAAGUGUUCAAUAUUUUCUCCUUUCUACAAAAGAAGCUAUACUACAGCCAAACCAAUACAGUAUUGUUUUUACAUUAAAUCUCAGUGAAUAUUUAAUGCCAUGCUAGCUCACUUAAUUUUGAGUGAUAUGUAUAACUUGGAAAGGAAUUUUUUUUUUUUUUUUUUUGUGGGAGGGAGGGACACACUAAAGAAAGGGUAUUUCUUUACUUUGAUUUCUCCCAAAGAGUCCUUGGAGGUUGACUAAGAAGAAAGUUUGCACAAACUUUCAUUAGAUGGAAAGUUUGCCUAGAGUACACUUCUCUUUCUAGUCCAUCCAGCUUUGAUAAAUGAAAACACAGUUUUUACACAACUACUAUAUGGGAAAAAAUGCAUUUAAUCAUGCGACCUGUGAGUGCCAGUGACUUACUUUCCCUGUUUCUUAUUACUCAUUCAAGACAAUUUCAAAAGUCAUAUUUUAAGUGAUUCUUUUCCUGUAAUUUGAAGGAAUAAUAUCUAGAAAUGUACUACACAUAUCACAAAACCCUGUUUAUUUCUGAUAAUGCUGCUCAUCAUUGCAAAUUGAAAAAAAAUUAUGCAAUAUUUUAAAUAGCAUUGUGCAAGCCAUUUUGUUUAAAUUUAGUUUUACUUGAUUUAAUCUUCUUAAAAUUUUAGGGCAAAAUAAAAUUUAUAUUGGAUUUAUGAUUAUACCACAGUUACUGAAAUUAAGCAAAAAUUUAAAAAUUUGCGGAUUCAACUUGACAUGACCCUCAGGCUCUAAAUAAAAUUUUGAAGUAAAAAUUAUCAUUAUGACACUAUUAGGGAAAGAUUAAGAAAUGGCAGUUAUUGAUAAUGUAAGGAAUUUAAAGACAAAGUCCUCUCCUUUUUUCACCUGCUUCUGGGGCUUGAUACAAAAGAUUGGUGUAAUAUAGAUGUUUCCAUUUGAUAGAAAGGAUUUUUCAAGUUUCUCCUAUCUCUCACUACCAACAAGAAAUCAAAUGUUCAGUGAAAUGAUAUGUGCCAUCUUCAGUUGCAUGUGUGAUGUGUGAAUAUUUUAGACAUUGAAAAGACAACAUACUUAGGUAGGCAGAAUUCUCAUAGAUAAUUUUCAGAUAUUAUCUUGGCUGUUUUGUGUGUUGGUUUUCUUUGCUGGUGCAUCCUUUGAGUUAUAAACCUGUACACUCUUUUGUAUUCUCAUCACUCCAUGCUUCGCUUCUCCUUAACAAUAUACACAUUUUACCAAACUUGAGGUGACUUCCACUCACUCAUGAUAUAAACUUCAAUUUCCAGGGAAGUGGUCUGAUUAAACUAUGAACAUUUUGACCUAUAAUUUGAUUUGAUGCAAUGGUGUUUUUAUAAUUUGCCAAAUAUGUGGAGGACAUGGUUUUAUGAACCUAUAAAAUUUAUUUUGUCUUGGGUUCUUCUGAGUUUUCAAAAGCAAGCAUUCAGUAGUUCCCAUGGGAUGACUCACUGGGGAUUAUUUAUUUACCUUCUCUUCCCUUGAAAUCUAUUAAAGUCCUUUGCAAUUUCUCUUAGAACAAUAUCAUACUUGAACUCAUUCAGAUCAUUCAACUGGAUUUUCCCAGUUAAGAAGAAGAAAAAAAAAAGCAUUAUCUCUGCUUCUUUCCUUUUUCUCCACUGAAUUGAAUUGAAAGAGAAAGAACUGAUAAAUAGGUGGCUUCACCCUGAAUUUAGACAUUGUACUACAUCCCUCCUGGUAAUAUUGGACAAAAGAUUUCUUGGUUGUGAGGAUCUGAGAAAGUGAAGAACCCCAAUUCUUUUUUACAUAUGAAAAAUUUUUGUCAUUGAGUUCUUUCAUUAAGAACAAGUCCAGGUAUUUUUAGCACACUGCCACCAAAGGAGUAGAUCCAAAUUUGAGUAGAAAGAGGCAGAACUUACAAAUCCUCUAUAAUUGUUUGGCAUCCCUUAGUCCUGUGAUGUUACCAUUACCACCAGAAGUUAUAAAAUGGGAUAGGUUGUAAUUCAGCACAAUAAUCUGAAUUUCCUUUACAUUUAAAAUGAUAGUAUUUGGGGGGCUGAUUUUCUCACAUCAAAAUGCUAAGGUUGAUUUUCUAGGUUUCCAAAUUGCUUUACUGAAGACUACCAGUGGUCUCUCUAACUUCCUUGACUGUUUUACAAAGGAUGCUACAUUUAAGCUAUCUAAAACUCUGUGAAGUAGAUAAUGGAAAAUCUUCUCAUUUAUUCUAAAUCUAAUCUAUGCUUCCACCACUAAAUUAUCAGGAGUUAAGAAACAACAUAAUGUUGGCAAGUUAGGAUCCUAACGAGAUUUGAUAUAUCAUUGUUAAUUCGAAAAGAGAUUGUAAAAUUUUAAAAACUAGUGUGUUUUCUUAGAAAGGUCAGCCACCCUCUCUUAACUCUGCACUCUAAUUUUUCUCUUACUCUUGCUCACAAGAUUAUUUAUAUUAUGUUAAGCAAAAAUGGCCAAGAUUGCUCAAAAAUGUGCAAAAUGUGAAUUAGUGAAUUGCAAAUAAUGAAGAAAUUGAUUUAUUUGACUUUAUAACAUUUAAAAAGAAUUCUAGACACUCUUAUAAAAGAUGCCCUUAAGGAGGUUGUUAUUUAUUAUGCAAAUAGUGUUUGUCCAUUUCUAUUCUGAGAUUGCAGAAUAUGUGACAGAAUCUAGUCUGAGUUUCUGUCUGGCUUGACAUUGUAUUUGUAAUUUAAAGUGGCAAUCUUAACUGCAUUUUAAGACGCUGCAUUCUAUUCCUUAGUGUCCUUUUGUUAAAUAGUAUUUGCUGAAUUAAGCCAGUGGGAGCAGUGGCAUUAAGUGGUGGAAAGGGAAAGUACAUAUGUUUGAGUUUUGAGUGGGAGAUGAAUAGGGAAGCAGAAUGAAUUAAUGGAAGAGAGUUUGGAUAUUAGGCCAUUCUUUGGAUUCUGGCUUAACCACAAUGUAAUGUGUGAUUUGGGACUUCACUUACCUCUUAAGUAAAAUGGAAUACUAAUAUCUAAAAGGCUGCAGAAGUUGGAAAUCAUACAUAUAUAAAAAUAAAAGCUAGUUCAUGCUAGAUGCUCAACAAAUGACAGCUACCAAAAAAUGUCCAUGAAUUGAGUAAAUAGGUCAUUUAAUUGACCUGAUAAAUGUCCCUUCUCUUUACUUUCCAUAUCCAUUUCUGUGCAAUUGAAUCGAUACAUGACUGCUUUUCUGAAGGAAUACAAAUUAUCUCUUAGUGGUAUAUAGGCCCAACUUGAAGGUUUCCCACAUAUUUCAAAAUGUUAUUCAUCUAGGACUCUAUGUAUUGCUAUCUCCAAAAGUAAGAAGACGGUGACAUUAAAUUACCAAAGGUUAUAUAUUUCAGUUAUAUUUUGGGUUUAUUUGGCACCUGGAAUAAGAAUGUGUGUUCUGAAGUUAUCCAAGUGUUUUUUUUUUUAAACUUGCUUUGGAGGAAAAGUUGCAAAAUAUGGUGGAAAAAAAUCUCCCCCAUGAAAAGGGGGGAAAACACAAACCUUUUAAAGAUCUCAGUCAGCAAAUUUACUCAACUUGAGAAAAAAAGAAACAACUUUAUUAGAAGCAGAUGUUGACACUGUGUCAGUUAUUAAAGAUGGAAGAGUUCACUCGAACCAUUGCAGUUACAAAGGGUAUGGAUGGCAGUUAGAAUCCCUGGAUGAAUCUCCUCCUCAGCUGACAGGACAGUAGAAACAAUGGGACCCACACUGAAAUCAGCCUGCCAAUUUUAAUGGGCAGAACCCUAAAGACUCAGACUUUUUUUUCUUCCCAGCAGGAUAAAAGAUACAUAUCUUUCAGAAAAUGUAAGACUGUUUGAGAAAUUACAGUUUAUUCUCUAGAAACAUUGAAAGACUUGAGAACCCUUUCAAUCCAUUAUCAAAGCAUUAAAACUAUGGUUUAAAUGCUUUUGGAAAAAUUAGGGUCAUGUUUUGAUCCAAAAUUUAUGUUGAAAAUGAUAUAUAAGUUAUAAAAAAUGUGGAUGGCUCUGGUAAUGGGAUAUGAGUGGAGUCUGCAAGGAAACAUUAAUCUCAGUAGCUUCCAAAGGAUAAUAUCUUGGUUAUGUGGCCGUAGAGAUUGGUCAAGAACAGACAUUUUUUAGAAUUUUGCAUUAAGAUUUUUCUUUUAGUGGUUUCUGGGGAUUUUAAGCCUAUAGAGUAGCCAUUAUUGCUGAAUAUCUUAAUUUCUUAUUUCUGUUAUGCUUUUCAUUUGCUUGAAUACUAUAUUUAUGAUUUCUAAUAAUCAAAUUACUAUUCACUUGAAAUCGAUCAAUUUGAUUCAAUAAAUUUAUGUAAAAUCUCUUUUUAAGAUUCCAUGAAAUUCUAAUACAUUUAAGUAUAAUUCACCAAUUCUUUGUGUAAGGACACCCUCUAGAAAAAGGCUGGUCAUCAUCAAUUCACUUCUUUUUUAACCAUUUCUGGACUACUAAAUUUUAGUCUAAGGAUAAUUCUUUUAGGAUACAAGACUCUUUGGUUAAUUGUUUUGGUAUAGGCAUAAGAUGUGAACUUUUCUAAUGAUCUCUUUAUACUAAUAGAGUUGUACAUUUUUCUGUGUUGCAGCUAGAGCAAAAGUUAAUGGUUAUUUACACAUUUGAUUUAAUUUCUUAGGAUAUGUACAAUCUUGAAUAUUCUAUCUGACUUAAAAAUAUUAUUCCAGUUUUUUUCCCCAGGAUAUACAAUAUAGGGAAAUGUUUUCACGUGAAUUCUUUGUAUAAUUUUAAAGUGCAUAUAUUUAAAGGGAAAUAUGGAUUAAAUUUGUUAUCAUAUAAACAUAAGUGAAGUCAAAUUUUUCAUAGAGAAAAAAUAGUAUGCUACACUUUAUGUCACUUGACUAGGUUAUCUGAAAACUAAUAACAAAAAUAUUAUGUCAUUGAAAUACAAUGAAAUCCAGAUUUGUUAGUUCUGUCAGCAAUUAUUCUACCUUAAUUUUACCUUUUCAAAGAGGGAAGUUAACUAACCUUAGUUGUGCUUUCAUUCUUAAUUAACAAAAUUAUGUAAUUCAUAGAACUUUUGGCUUUAUAAAAUAAUUAUGAAAUCAUAUUUUUUGUUUGUGGGAAGUUGGGGAAGAAACUUUUUAUUUCUAUUCACUCUUCAAAUGCAGGACUCAUACCUUGUGUCAAUGAUAUAAAAUGAUGGAAGAUAUUGUAAUGAAAACAGAUGUCAUUAUCUUCAAUUGUUCAAUAAAUAAUUUAAUGUGAAUUUAAUGUUUAUAUUUUAAUGGAGCAUGUUGAUUUGGUCUGCAUUUUUAAAGAAUUAACUAAACACCUUUUUGUUUCCUUCUUAUUAAUUAAACAACUUAUAAAUAUCUUUCAAAAUUACAUCUUAGGUUUUCAAAUAAGAGGUUAAUAUUUAGAGUCAAUGCAUUUAUAUGUUAUAGUGUGGAGGGUGUAGAAAACAAAUGUUUACAAUGGAAGAGAAAGUGGAAUGGUUUAUGCUAAACACCUAACAGCAGGAAUCAAGAUUUUUUUAACAGUACUUCUGAGGUAUUCAUUUGAUCCUUCAGGAAAAACAUAUAUAUACAUGAAGUGGAGUGUGUGUGUGUGUGUGUGUGUGUG